UUUUUAUUGGGAACGUAGCGUAGAAAGGGGUUCUUCCGCAGUGAAGCAAAUGAUCUAGCCAAUCAUUCUUCUACCUAUUAUCCAAGUUCGGUAUUCUGUAAGUUCCUAGGUCAUAUUCCAUUGAGAGUAAGAUCUGUUCGAUAUGUAAGUGGUAUAGUCACUACCUGUAAGGCAAGCCCCAUAGACACCUUACUACUUUCUAAGCUUUCUCUCUUGUCUCGCCAAUCUAGUAUUGCCAUAUAAGAGAACUGCCUUUAUGGGUAGAAUAUCUUUGAAAGAUAUCUUUCCCUUCUUUCACUACGCCCUUUCACUCUUGAACUACUUGAACAAGGAGGGCAGGGGGUGCUAUCGUAUAUAAGAAAAACUGCUGCAUUUUGGCAGCGGUUAGCUCUCUCUCUAACUAGAAAUUUGAUAAGAGAAGUGCGAAAGGAUUGCAGGCUAGAUUCAAGGUAUGCCAGUUGUCCACUCCACUUUCAAGAUUGGUUGAGUCUUAAGUGUACUUUAGUAAGAGUAUGAAGGAUCUAGUGGCCGUAAUUAUCUGUCCACUCAAGGCGUUGCAAGCAAAUGGUUUUUGAAAAGCGUUAGAAAUCGUGGUCAACAUUUUUCCAGUGCUUCAGCGGGCUUUGGCCUUUUUUUGUUAUAGGUAUUUAACCGGUUCGGAAGAGAAACUAUCAGUCAAUGACGUCUUCGUUGCCAAGGUAGAUCUUUUUCUUUGCCUUUCAAGAUAUUGCGUAUAAAGAGAAAGAUAGCCAGUCCUCUUGGGCGGCCGAGAGUGUUAUGUAAAAAAGACCAAGGAGGAUCCUAUCCUAAAGGAGAAGGAGGAGGAGUAGGAGCUAGCCUUCAAGGCGAAAUCCAUUAGAUAGAUAGAAAUGUACACGGAAUUCUUCGAAGCAGCCGUACCGGCCUUGACCAGUUUACAAGAGACUUUCAGCGGGAGACAAGGGGCGCUCCCACAGGUUCCCGAUGCCCUACCUGAAGCCCCACCGCGGGUUCCCGAUGCCCUACCUGAAGCCCCACCGCUGGUUCCCGAUUUGCCUCUACCCGAAAUAGUUGGGCAAGAAAGGGGGGAACCUUUUUUCAUAAUCCAAAAUGCAAGUAUGGAAGCUUCUAUGCUCAAUCGAGUAAGAAAGCUCGAAAGGGAAAAUCGCUUUUUUCUACUUGAUAAGGCGAAGGGGGAGUAUUGGUCAGAAGUCAAGACCGGACUCUCCAAUAGUGGCUCUCAGAGAGAGUAUUACCGAUUACUCGAUUUCGAGAAUAGGGAUCUGCAAAUCAGGGAGAGAAACCAUUCAUGUUUUUUUCUCUUUCAAGAGAUUCUGUCUCGGAAUCGUGCCUUGAGGGGGGAUGCUGCCAAUCCUACCGAGGACUUUAUGGAUUUCUUUUCCGAGAAGCGAGACGAACUCGACAAAAACCCCGAAUGGGGCCCGGCAGAGAAAGACAUAAAGGAGAUCGAGUUCGUUGAGCAAGUAAAACUCGAUCUUGCAGCACGCGGGCACGAGUCUCUCUAUAUAAAAGAAAUUACGGGGGCCGGCCGCCCUUAGA